AUGUCACGAACAGACCGUCCGCGCAAAGCCCAAUCACUCACUGUUUCCACUCUCCCAAUAGUCCCACCGAACAAUCCGCUGGCAACACCGCAAUCGCCGCGCAAAGCGCGGCCUACGACAAUGUUCAUUCCUUCACAGGAUAAAGUUAUAUCUCCCCAAACCGAACAGACAUUCGCUUCGCUUACCAUACCUGAAAGCAAUACGGAAGCAGACGCAGUUUCGCUUAAUUCGUUUCGAACUGUUGAUACUAAUGCUACUAAUGAUCUAGAGAGCGUAUCGUCAGACGUAGCUGAACGGGCUGCAGAUCCGCAAGGGCUUGUCAAGUACUUGUGCGAUAUCGAUGGAGGAUUGAACGUUAUACUAGAGCGAGUCAAGCAGGAUGCACAGUCAUGUAAGGAAACGGCCAAUUUUUUGAAAAAGAGAGCCAUGAUUGAAGAUGAAUAUGGGCGUUCGAUGCUUAAGCUGUCUCGUGGCACGCAAGAGAGUUGUAAUAACAGUGAUAGCAAGCGAGGUACAUAUGGCGAUAAUUGGUAUAAUAUACUGCGACUUCAUGAGAUAAUUGGUGAAAAUAGGAUAAAGUUCGCUGCUGCUAUUCAGGAAAUAGCCGACGAUCUUACUUAUCAACAUAAAGAUACAGAUAAAGGCAGAAAGAAUAUGAAAGACGCAGGACAGAAAUACGAACGAGCAAUCCAAGAAACAGAACAAUCACUGGAGAAGGCCAAGUACAAAUACGAAAGCCAGAGUGAAGACUGGGAGCGCUCUUUAUUAGAGAAAAAUGGGGAUAUUGUUCCGAAUUCCAAAAGGACACUCACAAAAGCUAUAUUUAAUAAUAAACCAAAGUCGCCCACUCAGCUGGGGAAACAAGAGGAAGAUGCACGUCAGAAAGCAGCGACAGCAAAUGAAAACUAUAAAUUACAGUUGUCUAAUACUAAUUCAUUGCGUAAUGAGUAUUAUAAUGUCCAUCUUCCACGAAUGAUAACAUCAUUAAAAGAUGUGGCGGAUGAGUGCGAUGCAGCACUGCAAUACAAUCUAGCACGCUAUUCCUACCUCUAUGAAAAUACCAUGGUAAGCGAGGCAUUGGUUAUAAACCCUAUCAAUCCAGAAGAUGGAUUUUCCAUGCGUAAAAUGAUUGAACAAAUUAAUAAUGAAGAGGACUUCCAAUCUUACGUAACGUCUUGUGGUACCAAAUCAAAGAAGCUUCAGCGUCAUAAUAUUGAAUAUAAUGAGUAUAAUAUGUCUGAAGUUGCACAAAGUAUUGUAAAUCCCAAGAUUAUAUUUGGGGUAGAUCUGGCCUUCCAAAUGGCAAGGGAUAAACAGGAUGUCCCAAUGAUACUAGUAAAAUGUGCUGAAGCCAUUGAAAAAUAUGGUCUCUAUAACAAAGGGAUGUAUCGAGUAUCCGGAUCGACCCCGCAAAUAAUGAAGUUGAAGACACUGUUUAAUAGGAAUGCCGAAACUGUAGAUCUGGAUAAUUCUGAACAUAUUGCAGAUAUAAACAAUGUUGCAAGUGUCUUGAAGAUGUGGUUUAGAGAAUUGCCUGACCCACUAUUUGUUCGUGCACAAUGUAAUGACUUUAUCAAUGCAGCAAAACUCGAAGACAAGAAGUUGCGGGUGAUUACAUUACAUGAACUUGUCAAUACUCUUCCCGAUCCAAAUUACAGCACGCUAAAGUAUUUGAUGGGACAUUUAAACAAAAUUGUAGCCAAUGAAGAGUCAAAUAAAAUGGGUGUUAAGAAUCUUGGUAUUGUAUUUGGACCAACGCUCAUGGGCAGUCCAGCUAUCCCCAAUCCAACAGCCUCUACCAUACCAAUGCAGGGCAUGGCAUCAAUAGUGGUUGACAAUGGUGGAUUGGAUGACAUGAGCUGGCAAUGCAGGGUCGUCGAGACUAUUUUAGAGAAUUAUAAAGUCAUUUUUGUACACGAUUGA